ACUGAUGUCAGCUAGUGAACAAAUUGGUUCGGUGAAAGGUGAUUAAUAAACUAUAUUGCUUUUUGAGCAAAAAAUUGGGCCUCAAAAUAGGCCACCAUGGGCAGAAAUAAAUACGAUUUAAGUGAUGCGGGGGAUGAAAAAAAGGGUCCGUUGGAUGUGGAAUUUGUACCCAAGGAAGAAAAAAAGGAGUACUCUUUUAUUCAACUGUACAGAUAUGCAACAGGGUUUGACAAAUUUUUGCUAGUUAUGGGGUUACUCAGUGCAGUGGUAACCGGAGUAAUCCAGCCGUUAAAUAUGAUUCUGUUUGGUACUUUGACGGGAGACAUCAUAGAUUAUGCAAUCGCUAUCAACACUCCAGGAAUUUCGGAUGACGACUUUGCAGCAGCAACCGAAGUUUUUAUAGAAGCUAUCCGAUAUUUCGCAGUCAUGAACUCUCUGAUUGGAGUGGGCAUGUUCGUUUUUAGUUAUAUAUCAACUGAAUUCUUUAACUACUCAGCUUUAAGACAGAUAUAUAAGAUCCGGUCCGUAUAUUUAAGCAAGGUAUUAAAUCAAGAUGUUCCGUGGUAUGAUCUUCACCAAACAGGGGAUUUUGCAAGCAGAAUGUCAGAGGACAUUUUCAAGUUUGAGGAUGGCAUAGGCGAAAAAAUUCCAAUGUUCCUGACCUUCCAAGUUGUGUUCAUAACGUCAUUAAUUAUAGCUUUUGUUAAGGGAUGGGAGUUGGCCCUUAUUUGCUUGACUUCCUUGCCAGCAUCACUUAUAGCUAUAGGGGUCAUUGCGCUGUUAACUUCUAAAUUGGCGAAAAAGGAGUUGGAUGCCUAUAGUUCCGCGGGUUCGAUAGCUGAAGAAGUCCUUUCCUCGAUAAGGACAGUGGUUGCAUUUGGUGGUCAAAGGAAAGAAAUAGAACGAUAUGACGAGAAUUUGGUAUUUGCAAAAAAUAAUAACAUAAAAAGAUCAAUGUUCGCAGCUAUAGGAUUCGGUUUACUGUGGUUUAUAAUUUACAGCAGUUACGCUUUAGCCUUUUGGUAUGGAGUUAGGCUAGUGUUGAGAGACAGACCUCUAGGAGACGAUGCCGUAUAUACUCCUGGAAAUAUGGUUACAGUAUUUUUCAGCGUAAUGACUGGAAGUAUGAACUUUGGUGUAUCUUCACCUUAUAUCGAAGCUUUUGGAAUAUCUAAAGCUGCCGGAAGCAGAAUAUUUCAGGUUAUCGAUAACACUCCUGAAAUAAACCUUUCUAAAGGCAACGGUGAAAAAAUUGACAACUUGAAAGGUAACAUCAAACUGAAAAAUGUGCAUUUCCGUUACCCUUCCAGAAAAGAUGUACCGAUUUUACAAGGUUUGGAUAUUGACAUCGAUGCUGGAGAAACAGUAGCUCUAGUUGGUACAUCAGGUUGUGGAAAAUCUACUGUUGUUCAACUAAUCCAAAGGUUUUAUGACCCUAUUGAGGGCGAAGUGUUUGUUGACGGCAGAAAUAUUAAAGAUUUAGAUCUUACAUGGCUCAGGAGUAACAUAGGCGUAGUUGGUCAAGAACCAAUUUUAUUUGGAACUACAAUUUUGGAAAAUAUUCAAUUUGGGAAUAAGGACGCUACUCCGGAAGACAUCAAACUAGCCGCGAAGAAAGCCAACGCACACGAAUUUAUUAAAUCACUGCCAAAUGGGUACAACACACUCGUUGGUGAAAGGGGUGCUCAAUUGUCUGGAGGUCAGAAACAGCGUAUUGCCAUUGCUAGAGCUUUAGUGAGAAAUCCCGCCAUAUUGUUAUUGGAUGAAGCUACCUCAGCUUUAGAUAACAACAGUGAAGCAAAAGUCCAAGCUGCACUGGAUUCGGCCAGUAAAGAAUGUACUACGAUUAUAGUAGCUCACAGGUUGUCUACAAUAAAGGGCGCAAAUAAAAUUGUUGUAAUAUCAGCAGGGAAGGUUGUAGAACAAGGAACUCAUGAUGAGUUAAUGGCAUUGAAACAUGAAUACUACAGUUUGGUCACAACGCAAGUGCAAAGUAUUGUGCCUGCAUCUAAAUUAGACAGAGUAAACAGCGUAGGAAAAGAGGACUUGGAUAACGUCUCAAUAGCAGAAGUUGUCGAGGUAGUGGAGGCAGAACAGGAAGACAUGAAUUCAGAUAAAAAGGAUUCCGUUAUCGAAGUGAUGAAAAUGAAUUCUCCAGAGUGGCCCCACAUCCUAAUAGGAUGCAUCGGAGCAAUUAUUAUGGGAUGCGCUAUGCCAAUAUUCGCUGUGUUAUUUGGUAGCAUAUUAGGCACAUUGUCUGGGGGAGAUGAGGAACAAGUUAGAUCAGAGGCAAAUACAUUUGCUAUGUAUUUCGUUAUUGCAGGAGUUGCCGCUGGAAUCGCUACUUUCUUCCAGAUGUUCAUGUUUGGGAUUGCCGGUGAGAAACUUACCAAAAGAAUCCGUAAACAGAUGUUCCAAGCUAUGCUAAGUCAAGAAAUUGGUUAUUUCGACAGGCAAUCAAACGGUGUAGGUGCUUUGUGCUCCAGACUUUCAGGGGAUGCUGCUAAUGUUCAAGGGGCAACUGGACAACGUAUAGGAACAAUUCUUCAAUCCAUUGCAACUCUCAUCUUAGCUGUGGGUCUGUCAAUGUACUAUGAAUGGAGACUAGGACUCCUGGCUUUGGCAUUUACUCCAAUAAUUUUAGUCGCCACGUUCUUCGAAAGAAGGAAUACCGCAAAUUUGAACGACGACAGAAGUGACUCUCUGCAGAAGUCAACAAAGAUAGCAGUUGAAGGCGUGGGCAACGUUCGAACCGUAGCAUCUCUGGGAUGUGAAGAAACCUUUCAUAAUAUGUACAUAUCAGAACUUACCCCGUACCACAAGAGUAACUUGAAAGCCACCCACUGGCGUUCGGCAGUGUUUGCCUUGUCGAGGAGCCUAAUGUUCUUUGCUUAUUCCGCCUGUAUGUACUAUGGAGGUUAUUUAAUAAGGGACGGGUUGAAUUACGAAGACGUUUUUAAGGUAUCACAGGCACUAAUUAUGGGAACUGUAUCUAUAGCCAAUGCUUUGGCAUUUGCUCCCAAUUUCACUAAAGGCAUCGAAGCAGCAAGAAAAGUACGGGAACUGUUAACCAGGAUACCUGAAAUUAGAGACAGCCCUGACUCAAUGGACAAAGAUCAGGCCAGAGGUGAUGUUAAAUAUGAAAACAUUCGUUUCUCCUAUCCAACCAGACAAAGUGUGGAAGUCUUAAAAGGACUGGAUCUAUCAGUUUUUAAAGGAAAAACGGUCGCACUUGUAGGACCCAGCGGUUGUGGAAAGUCUACGAUUGUUCAACUGAUCGAACGAUUUUAUGAUCCUAAUUCCGGUGCAGUGUAUUUAGAUGAAGACGCGUUGAAAAGUAUAACACUUGGAACGCUAAGAAGCCAUCUUGGCAUCGUGUCGCAAGAACCAAAUCUAUUUAAUAAAACUAUUGCCGAGAAUAUCGCUUAUGGUGAUAAUUCACGCGAGAUCGAACUGCCCGAGAUCAUUCAAGCUGCUAAGAAUGCUAAUAUACACAAUUUUGUAUCGGCCCUUCCAGCAGGUUACGACACCAAACUUGGUGAAAAGGGAACUCAGUUGUCGGGAGGUCAAAAACAGAGAAUUGCCAUUGCGCGAGCACUAGUUAGAAAUCCCAAAGUACUUUUACUGGACGAAGCCACCUCAGCUUUGGACGCUGAAAGUGAAAAGAUUGUACAAGAAGCCCUCGACAACGCUAAACGUGGAAGAACGUGUAUUACCAUAGCACAUCGUCUGACAACGAUUCAGGAUGCCGAUUUGAUAUGCGUCAUUAAUGAAGGGAUCAUUGCUGAAAUGGGAACUCAUUCGGAACUUAUAGGGAAACGGGGCCUGUAUUACAAACUGCACUCUCAUCAGCGUUCAUGAUUUUAUUAGUAUUUUAGUUAGUAUUUGUAAAUAUUAUUUAUAUAGUGUGUUUGUUGUAAAUAUAAGUGCGAUCAAUGUGAGUGAGGCUGUAAAGUAUGCAAGGACAAUCUUUGUUAAAAGCGACAAUAAAUUAUUUUAUAUUUCUUA